AUAUUGUUCCGAAUCGGAUAUUUAUGUGAAGGUGGAUAAAUUUCGCAGCUGAGAAUAAAAAUCUGUUGCACAAAAUAGGAUUUAAGACGUUUAAUUGCAGAACUUUUUUAAUAGUUGCAGUGAAAUUUUAAAGUCUUCGACUUUAGUCACUUGAAUAAAUAGAUAUUUUUUGAAAAUUUUCGAUUUUACCUUAUAUUAUGGCACAGUCACCAAGAAGUCCUAAAUCACCAGGUUCAAAAUUCAAUUACGGCAAUGAAGAUCCUUCCUUUUGGGAGAAACUUGGAACAUUGGGAAGAAAGAAGAAGAUUAAAGAAGUUCAAGAGAUUCAAGCUGAGGGGCAAUAUGCAAUUGAUUCGCCAGGAAAACCAAGUGCACCGGCAAUACCUCCAGAGGAUUACAAUUUGAACGACAAUGAGCAACGUUCUAUAAUUCAACCACAAUGUUUGAAUAUGCCAGAUGUUCGAGAUUUGUUCCAAACACUCAUUGAGUGGAUUAAUGACGAAUUAGUUGAUGAAAGAAUAAUUGUUUCAAAUAUCGAACAAGAUUUAUACGAUGGUCAGGUCUUGCAUAAGCUUUGGGAGAAAUUGACAGGAAAUAAGUUAGAUGUUCUAGAAGUCACACAAUCAGAAGAAGGUCAACGUCAGAAGUUGACAGUUGUGUUGAAUGCAGUUAAUCAUACUCUCGGCUUUCAUCACACCUCACCAAAAUGGACCGUUGACAGCAUCCAUUGCAAGAAUGUCGUUUCAACUUUACAUCUUCUUGUUGCUCUCGUUCGUCAUUUCCGAGCUCCAAUUCGCUUGCCUGAAAAUGUUUCUGUAACAGUUGUCGCGGUAAAGAAAAGUGGCACAAAAUUAACUGCAGAAAAAUACGAAGAACAAAUUACUUCAACUUAUGACGACGUUGGAAUGCGUUGCGAACGUGAUGCUUUUGACACUCUUUUCGAUCAUGCACCUGAAAAACUUCAAGUCGUUAAAAAGUCCCUUGUUACAUUUGUUAACAAGCAUUUAAAUAAAUUGAACUUUGAAGUGGUCGAUUUGGGAACAGAUUUCAAGGAUGGAGUUUAUUUGUGCCUUUUGAUGGGUUUACUUGGUGGAUUCUUUACUCCCCUUCAUGAAUUCCAUUUGACACCUAAGGACACUGAACAAAUGAUUCAAAAUGUUGCCUUCUCAUUCGAUUUGAUGCAAGAUGUUGGAUUACCAAAGCCAAAAGCUCGUCCCGAAGACAUUGAAGUAACCGAAACAGCGGAGCCGACAACAUCAUUGCCUACAACCGAGAAGACGCCUCACGAAAGUCGAACAUACAGACCAAGAAGAGAAAAAUGUACACCACCAGCCAUCGAACAAUUUCCACCACCUCUCAUGCCUGCAAGCUGGCGAACGCAUGGCGGUAUUGUUAUUCACAUUCUCGUAGCGAUUUUCACAUUUCUUGGACUAGCGAUUGUUUGCGACGAUUAUUUCGUAUCAAGUUUAGAUAGAAUUUGUGAAGAAUUGAAGCUUUCGCCUGAUGUUGCUGGUGCUACAUUCAUGGCAGCUGGUUCAUCUGCACCCGAACUUGCAACCGUUAUAAUUGGAGUAUUUUUUGCUAAAGAUGAUAUUGGUGUAAGUGGCGUCAUAGGAUCUGCUGUAUUCAACAUCAUGUUUGUCAUUUCUGUAUGUUGUUUAUGUUCGGGAACAGUAUCGCAACUUAAUUGGUGGCCAUUGGUGCGCGAUUGCACAUUUUAUUCGUUUUCAAUACUCGUUAUGCUCGUUGUUAUAUGGAACGAAAAGAUUUACUGGUAUGAAGCACUCAUCAUGAUGAUUUGUUAUGUGUUUUAUUGUGUGGCUCUGCAUUUCAACACGGCAUUGGAAAAAUGGGCACAACCUUACAUCCUCAAACUUCCAAUAAAACUUCCAACUCGGGAAGAACAGUCAGCUUUAGUUACUUUUAAAAAUGCUCCUGAUUCAUCGUACACCCAAGGAACACAAAAUAUUGACGCAACAAGUCCCCAACAAGAAUUGAAUGAACCCCAACCAGAUACAAGUAUUUAUGACCCUAACUCAAGUUGGGAUCCAAAUGCAGCAUGGGGCGAAGAGUCAAAUGCUGCACCGCCAGCAGCUCAAGCUACAAAUUCAUGGAACUCUAAUUCUUCAUAUAAUGAUAGCUGGGGUGACAAUAGUGCUGGAGCACAAAACUAUGGAUACAUUCAAAGUGAGAAUGAUGGAUCAGCUGUAGUGGAAGGGAAACCUUCUGCCGUUUCGACAACAACCGCAAUACAAAAUAAUAACGAUCAAGAUUAUUACAAACCUAAAGAUCAACGCCCCGAUCUUCCCGAUCCAUUGUUGAAACCAGAAAAUGCUGAUCUCUUAACAAAAAUAAACUGGCAUGUUGUUUAUCCGAUUCAUUAUAUGUGUCGUCUUACAAUGGUUGAUGUGAAGCAAGACAGAUAUAAAAAUUGGUAUCCGUUGACAUUUCUCAUCUCGAUGGUUUGGAUUUCGUUCUACUCAUAUUUUAUGGUUUGGAUGAUCACGAUAAUUGGAUUUUCUCUUGGCAUUCCUGACACUGUAAUGGGAUUAACAUUUGUAGCCGCUGGUGUAUCAGUUCCUGAUGCUCUCAGUUCCAUUGCUGUUAUAAAAGAAGGAUAUGGUGACAUGGCAGUUAGUAAUGCGGUUGGUUCAAAUGUUUUCGAUAUUCUUAUCUGUUUGGGAUUGCCAUGGUUUAUACAAACUGCCAUCAUUCUGCCGAAUUCACAUGUUAAUGUGAUUUCAAAAGGAAUCGUUUUGAUGUUCUGGUAUUUGUUCUUCAUAACACUGGCAUCACUUUACGAGUUAAAUGUGUUUGGCAAUUUGCAUCCGCCAGAAUGCUCCAGCGACUAUUAAAUGCUAUUAUAAAAUAAAGAAUCGAUAUCGUGUGUUAUCUGCUUAACAGUAACAAACAUAAGAAAAUGCCUCAAUCCAAAGUAAUUUAUUCCUCAUGUAAUCGCAACAUGAAACUAUAGCUAAUCAUUGACACGAAACAAACGAAUAUAAAUGCAAUAUGUGAUCCUUAAUCCAUUAGUUAAAUACUUAAUCCUUCUGCAAAUUAAGCAACUACAAAACCAAUUAUUGAACAAUUUAAAAGAAAACGUAAUGUGAAAAGUCAUAUUUGAGGAAGGAGAAAUUUUAAACUUAACGAUAUCUUAAGGUGACAAAAAUGAUAAAGAAGAGAUUAUUUAUUAAUGACAACAAUUACUUAUGUGACGACUCGUUGAUGACAAUAUUAGUUUAGUAAAAUUUCCCAUAUUUCUUUCUAUAAAUCUCUUAAAUAUAUUUCACAAAAAUUAUAAGAAAAUCAUGAAAAGAAAAUUUUAUCUAGUGAAGAAUUCUCCAAUCUAAUGAUUGUCUUUAGCACCAAUGAAAGAUUCAUAACGACAUCAUAUAUGUAUCAAAAUUAUUGAUUAGUACUUAUAAUUAUGUUGAGAGUUAUUAGGUUGUCGAAACAAAAACCAAAAAUGAUCAAACGUUUGGUUUAAUUUAUUAAUAAAUAAUUUAAUUAGAAUGAAAUUUAUGCAAACACCAAUAUAAUUGGUGGAAAUCUAGUCAAUUUAAAGUAUCAAAGUCAAUUUUUUAUUAACAGUACGCAUCAUUGUUGAGUAUUUGUUUAUUUUAUCGAUUAAAUAUACAUAAAUAGUCAAGUGUGAGAUGAUCAUUACAAAUAGUAAGUUAUAUGGAGUCAAUUAAUUGAAAGAAAAAAGCAAGCACAACACAAUCGAAUCACAAAAAGUAUUUAUGUAUCAACAAACGCUUCUGUUCAUUCUAAAUAAUGAUUAUUGUCUAUUCAUUCUAUCCCAAAGUUACCUACUUUCCUUAUUCAUUAAUUGAGAGUUCUUAAAAGAGUUAGCAGUAAAUUUUGAAAAAGAAAACAAAAACAUAUUUUAUUCGACGUUCACAUGCAUUAAAGUAAUUCGCUGUAAAAUCGAUGAUAAUAAAAAUGAAAUUCAAUUAUAAGCAUUCAUCAUAACGAAAGACAACAUGUAAAGACAACAAAGAAAUUAUUACAUUAAAUGAAGAGUGUAAAGUCAAAGAAUAGAACUAACACAACAUCCACCCUUUUAUUCAUCCUGAGAGAAAUAAUAAUACCUACUAAUAAAACAAAAAGAAAUUAAAGUGUUAAUUGUUGAAAAAUAAAUGAAAAAGAGAUAAAAAGUUAUAAAAAU